CUGGCAAUCACUUAUUCUUAGCGUUGACGGCUAAAUUGGGUUGGUGUGUACGAUACUCCCUUCCACGCGCCUUCCUCUCGAACCCUACACCUACAUGGUUGCUGCCGCUCGAGCUCUGUGCAGGUGCGUGUGAGAGAUUUCAGAUGAAGAUGACCUCCAGUUUCCCUCCCAUUUCCUUGCUUCCACCUACUGUACUCACCGCUCCUGCCGUUCGGCACUUCCACUCUGUUCUCGACGAGCCGGCCUCAGGUUCAGGAUCUACUCUUGGACAUCAUAAGCAGACCGCGCCUCCUCUGGGCAACAGCAGCAUGGGACUCGAAUUGUCUGGUCCGCUAAGGGGUCAAUCUUUGCCGUCUCUCUUCCUCGUCCACCCCAGGGCACUGUCCACCGCCUGGUAUCAUCGCUUGCCCUUACCGCCCGUUCUAUUGCUCAAGGAAAAGCACUCCCCGCCAAUGGAAUCGGCUCAGGCGCCAUUGCAUGCAUAUUCUGGCCUCGCCCCAACGGUCGACCGACUCGGAAGUGUCACACGAGGCGGAUUCCCAAAUGCGAGGGCGGCGAGGAGGAGCAUGAAAAUACGCUUCGAGCCCAGAAAGCCUUCGAGAGUCGCUCGAACAGCAAGGUGGUGCGUUCAGUUGAGAGGACACAAUGUUCAUUAAAAAGGACGACGUCAUGCCGACAAACUCCGGUCGAAUCCGAAUCCGCACACCGAGCACGAGUCAUGAAAACCGGUCACACCUACGAUAUUCCUCGACCUCGCUACCACCAGGAUUACCUGAUUGUUCAACCGUCCAACAUUACCAAGGGCAAGG